UUUAUAUACACCACACACAUGCCUAGAAGAAACCAAAUCCACAACACAACACAAAACAACCCUGCAAAGAUGGCUAAACAAAAUGUGGUGGUGGUGAUAAUGCUUAUACUGAAUGUUAUUCUUCCAUCACCAAUUCAAAGCUUGAAACUAAAAGCAGGUACCUGGGGUAAAACUUUUCUAAGAAAGAACCAAGAAACCGAAACAAAUCUUCAGUUUUAUUUCCACGACACGCAGAGCGGGAAAAAUCCGAGCGCUGUUAAGGUAGCCGAACCGGUAGACAACACCAAGUCAUUCGUCACCCAGUUUGGAAACAUCUGGAUGGCGGAUGACCCUUUAACAGAAACAUCUGAUCCGAAAUCCAAGCUCGUUGGCCGGGCGCAAGGUAUUUAUGCAUCAUCAUGUCAGCAGGAGCUCGGGCUUCUGAUGUCUCUGAGCUACUCGUUUGUUGAUGGACCGUAUAACGGUAGCACGUUUGCUCUUGUUGGGAAGAACUCUGCUAUGAACCCGGUUCGUGAGAUGCCUGUUGUUGGUGGCACUGGGCUUUUCCGUAUGGCAAGAGGUUACGCCAUUGCUAAGACUCAUUGGCUUGAUAUAACCACUGGUGAUGCUAUUGUUGGCUACAAUGUCACACUCGUUCAUUAGAGUUAGUUAACCGUUUUUCUUUUAUUUCUAUAUAAAUAAAUCACUAUAUAGUUUGUCUACCUUUCUAUAAUAUGCACACACAAUCCAGUUUCAUGUUUUAUUGUACUUUUGCUUUGUUCUUCUUCAAACGAAUGCAGCUUUUUGGCCGUGUUCUGAGUUAUUUAUCUUUUAUACGUAUUGGAAUAUUAUUGUAUACCGGUUGGGAUCUUCCAACUUGAGGGAAGAGGACUUCCCUCUAACUUUUCCUCUAUCUCUCUCAACAAACAAACAUGUAUUAUUUGAAUGUGUUUGGCAUUGUAUGAAAAUGACAGGAAUGUAGGACCAUUCUCUUGGUUGUUUUUA